AUGCCACUCUGCUGCACGAAAGACAAGAUAUAUGCACAACAAUUGUGUUCGGAAUCAACAAACGCCAUUCCGUUCUCAGCUGGCCUGGACAGCUGCGACGAUCCACCGGCUCUGCUGCAGGAAUACAAGCGCCUGGAAGCGGAAAUUGCACUUCUUCAGGAAGAACAUCAGACGAACAGUCGGCUGGAAGGGCCCGUCCAGGAGCCUGGCCCCAGUAGUUCCAACAUGAGGCAGCGGGUGUUCGGGCUUGAGGAGGAGCUGCGGCACAAGUGCGAGGUGGUUCGACGCUUGCGACAGCGAGAGCUCUGGUUUGAAAUGCAAUUGCGACGACAACAGGAAGCCCACGGAGAGCCGUUGUCCCUCCUUGUGGAGCAGGUCAAUGCUUUGCGCAAGUCGGUCUUUGGAUACGGGCGACUGGUCGAUCCAAGAGGUGAAGCACAAAUUGAGAGAUUUGCUGACCAAAGCUGUCGGCUCUUCGCCUCUCGCUCCGGGCCGCACUCAGAGCCAUCGAACGGCGGCACGAAGCUCGCGGCAAGCUCGAGCGAGUCAAACGGGGCUCCAAGGGCUGCUGCCGAUCCACUCCUGCAGUUGACGCAACAGCUGCGAGCACAGGUAUCCGAUUCGCGUCCCUGA